UAAUCUUAGACUGUUCCCCCCUCCUCCCUACUCUCUCUGCGCCUCUGCGUAAGCCCUCGGAUCAAGCGGAGAUGCAGCUCACACUUGAAUUCGGUGGAGGACUGGAACUACUCUGUGACUCUGUCAAGAUUCACAACGUCAAAGUUGACCCCCUAGAUGGUGAAGAUAAGUUAACCAUGAAGGACUUGCUUGCUUGGGUUCGUACCAAUCUCAUCAAGGAGAGGCCUGAAAUGUUUAUGAAAGGAGAUACUGUGAGGCCUGGUGUUCUUGUCCUCGUGAACGAUUGUGAUUGGGAACUAAGUGGCCAGCUCAGUACAACAUUGGAAGAGAAAGAUAACGUGGUUUUCAUUUCAACCUUGCACGGUGGAUAGCUUCAAAUGUUACCAUCAUUGGUGUUACAGACUUACAGUUACUGAUAUAUAUGCAAAAGGUUAUUAACUUAUUAUUAUUUCACACAACGCUGUCUAAAUUUUUGUCCUCGAUGUUGUAAAACAUGAACCUGUGCUGUUUCUCAGCCUAGUAUGGAGUCCUGUAAUUCAGAACAAUAUGGAUAAAAGCAGAUGAUUUGGUUGUCUCUGCAUUAUGGGAUAUUGUUGCAGUUCCUUUCAGGUAGCUUUGUGGCUACCUCUGUUUUGUGUUGAAUAAUAUUGCUGAAAUGCAUCUUAUAAGGUGUCUUUACUGAA